GGGGCCGAGCCCACUUGCUUGGGGCCCCUGGACUAUUACCACUGCAACAAGUUUGACGGAGAGAACAUGUAUAUGGGAAUGAAUGACAAUAACCAGGAAUUCCUCUCACCAAAUCAGACAUACAAUGGUCAGAGUGAGAAUAAUGAAGACUACGAAAUCCCUCCUAUUACUCCUCCCAACCUCCCAGACCCUUCCCUUCUUCAUUUGGUGGACCAUGAAACUGGAUAUCAUUCACUGUGCCACAGUCUCCCUCCAAAUAGCCUGAUACCAGCAUAUUCCUACCAGAAUAUGGACCUUCCAGCCAUCAUGGUGUCUAAUAUGUUGAGCCAAGAUGGACAUCUCCUCUCUAGUCAACUACCUACUAUCCAGGAGAUGGUCCACUCAGACGCCACUUCCUAUGAUUCCAACCAUCAAGUUCCCCUGAUCAAUCGACCAGGGAUGUUAAGCGGUCACAUGAGUGCCCUCAGCCAGUCACAGCUGAUUUCUCAGAUGGGUUUGAGGAGCGGUGUUACCCAUGGUUCCCCAUCACCCCCCGGAAGCAAAUCUGCUACACCAUCUCCCUCCAGUUCUACUCAGGAAGAGGAGACAGAAUCACAUUAUAAGGUAACUGGGGAGAAGAGACCAUUGACAGAUCUGGGCAAAAAACCUAAAAACCAAAAGAAGAAGAAAAAGAAGGACCCAAAUGAACCCCAGAAGCCAGUGUCUGCUUAUGCCCUGUUUUUCAGAGAUACACAAGCAGCCAUCAAAGGACAGAACCCCAAUGCAACUUUUGGGGAUGUAUCAAAAAUUGUUGCAUCAAUGUGGGACAGUUUAGGAGAAGAACAAAAGCAGGCAUAUAAACGGAAAACCGAAGCAGCAAAGAAGGAGUACCUAAAAGCUCUGGCAGCCUACCGGGCCAGCUUGGUUUCCAAGAGCUCAGCUGACCAGGGGGAGACAAAAAGUGCCCAAACCAAUCAACCUUCAAAAAUGAUCCCACCAAAACAGCCCUUGUACACGAUGCCACCACAGGCCUCAUCACCGUAUCCCGGCUUGGGGUCCUUCUUGUCCCCAUCAGAUCUGCAGAGUUACCGUGGACACCCUCACCCCAGCCUCUCCAGGACCCUCAACUCCAAGCCUAUGUUGCCCAGCAUCAGUGCCUCACCACCUCCUUCUUUCCAAAUCAGCCCCCCUCUCCAUCAGCAGCUGUCUUUGCAUCACCCGCAGAGCUCCAUCCUCAACCAGUCCCUCAGCAUGCAGCAGGUCCCACAGCAACCCAUCCUGUCUCCUUCCAUGGCACUACAGGUACAGCCCCCGAUAAACUCUUCACCACCAGGGCAGCAGGACUUUUCACAUAUUUCAUCUGAGUUUCAAAACAGUGUUGGACCACGAUCGCCAGGUGCAUCAAACCCCCCAGGAAAUACCGACUGGGACAACGAUUACCCCAGCAGAGAGUGUGGGAUUAACCACUGCAGCAUGCUGCCAAGGGACAAGUCGCUCUACCUCACUUAAACCCUGACAUCUCCAUUCUCCAAAGGUGAAAAGGAAGGACAUUUAAGAGGGUCUGUAAUACAGGCUACCCAGAUGGGCAUCAAGCAGGUCACCCGGGCAAGAGAGCACCUGGCCUUUGGCUUCAUAUCCUGGCUCGGAGAGCAGUCUUUUUCUUUCCUUCUCUUCUUCUCGUCCCUCCUCUUCUCUUUCUUUCUCUUUCUUCACAGAAGUCUACUGUAAAUGGAAGCCAACAAUGCAUAAAUCAUGAAGAACAAAAUUGACAGAGGACCCCACACACACACACACAUACACACUCCACACCACUCUGCGCGCGCGCCUUUCUCUGCUUGCCACCAGCUUAGCUAUGGACCAUUUUCCUAGCGAACUGCUUUUUAGGUUCAGCACAGACCCGGGCACAGUGCUCCAGCAGCAGCAGGAGGAGGAGGAGGUGGCACUCUUUUGACUUGCUAACGGCACUAAACUUCGUGCGAGACAAAUGUGAAGUCUGUGUGAAUAUUGUACAUGCGAAAGGCCUCGGACGUCUGGCGAAAAAAAUUAAAAAUAAAAACAUAAAAACUAUUGUUAGAAGGAUGGAGCAGAUGGGAAGCAGAAGUGCAAAUGGGAGAAAGCGAAACAAUGUGAAAAAAAGACCAUGAAAAAAUAUAUAAUUUGUUGGAUAGUUGUAAGUAGCUUACUAAAUGUUUUAGAACUGUGC